AUGAUCCUAGCUCCCAAAAUAUUCUCUUCCACAAUUUGGUACAUCUUGGAUUUAGGGUUAGGAGGUCCGGAAGUAGACACAAUUAAGAUCUGGGAAGUAGAGGGUCUCGAUAAUGAUGCCAUGCUCACUAUCAAGCGCAGACCAUGUAAUCUCGAAUCUGCAAGUGAGACUACCAGUUAA